AUGAGCGAGCCGACGAGUCCCAACCCGCGACCCAAGACGAGACGCAACAUCUCCUUUGCCAACGUCAACUGGAACACGCGACCAUCCGCAGGAAGCCGCCGGACCGCGUCGCACGGCGGCGGCGGCGGCGCUGCCGGCGGUCCGCGGCCCUCGGCGCCGCGCAGCAUCUCCUUUGCGCACCCGCUUCGCAGGAAGCACUCGGCCUUGACGCACGCACACAACCGACCUGGAGCGCCCCCGCGCGCUCUCUCCUUUUGCGACACGCGCUUCACGCCCUCGGGCCCCAACCUGGCCCUCCGCCAGGGCAGCGUGUCGGGGCCCUUUGCCUUUCUCAACCCGACGACGGCCAUCUUUGACAUUCGCGCCGACGACGGCCUCGCCGACGGAGAGCACCCGGAGCAAGGUGAACGGGCGCGCAUCCGCUGGAACGCGCGCGAGUUUCGCAAGGGCCGUCACAUCUUUGUACUUCCUCGCGCCGCGCCGCUCGCGCACCGCCUGCGCAACACGUCCAAGCCCAAGCGCGUGCUGCUCGGCAUCCUCCGCAUGUUCACCGUCUUUCCCUACUGGGACGUGUCGUGGCUGAUUGGCGUCUCCUUUACCGUCGGCUGCGCGCUCUUCAUCGCCUGCGGCUUCUUUUACUGGAUGCCCAUUGCCUACCCGGAGACGGAGUUUCCGCACGAAGUCGACGUGGCCGGCGGCAUCACGUCCUUUAUCGGCGCCACGCUCUUUCAGAUUGGCGCCGUUCUCCUCAUGCUCGAGUCGUGGAACGACCGCGCCGAGACCAAGUUUGGCGGCGCCAUGGAGACUUUUUUCGCCGAGCGCUUUAGCUUUCGACGCGGUGCCCUGCGCGGCAGCGUCAGCGGUGGCGGUGGUGGUGGUGGUGGCGGGGAAGAGAAGGGGUCCUCGGAUGGGGAUGGCGAGACGCCGAGCAGCGCCGCGACGUUGGGUGACGAGGAGAGCGGCGGCGGCGUGGCGACACGCACUGAGCAGCAGCAGGCCGUUGGCGGCGGCGCGAGCCGUGUCGGCAAAAACACCAACCCCUUUGGCGAGCGCGAGUGGCAGUGGCUUCCGUCGUGGAAGGACGUCAAGACGCACUACGUGUACGAGAUUGGCUUCCUCGCGUCCGCGACCAUGUCGCUCGGCGCCACCAUCUUCUACCUGUGCGGCAUCCUCGCGCUGCCGGGCAUCCACCUGAGCGUGCAGGCCAAAUGGGGCGUCUACUACCUGCCCUACCUCGUCGGCGGCAUCCUCUUUGCCCUCGCCUCCGUCUUUUACAUUCUCGAGACGCAGCCCAACUGGUACACGCCGCAGCCGUUUAAGAUUGGCUGGCACAUUGGCCUGUUUAACCUGCUCGGCGGCGUGGGCUGGACCCUCGCCGCGUCGUUUGGCUACUGCGAGGCGCACUGGUGCCGUUACCAGAGCGAGCUGUCGCUGAUUUGGGCCUCGAUUGCCUUUACCUUUGGUAGCGCGCUGCAGUGGUACGAGUCGCUGGACAAGUACGUCUUUAUUAUUGAGGAUUGA